AUGACAACAGGCAGCAGGGAGCCGGAGAGCGCUGGUAUUCGGCCCCAGAUUAUGAAUGGGCCUAUGCACCCGCGCCCUCUGGUGGCGCUACUGGACGGGCGCGACUGCACGGUGGAGAUGCCCAUCCUCAAAGAUCUGGCCACGGUGGCUUUCUGCGACGCUCAGUCCACACAGGAAAUCCAUGAAAAGGUGCUGAAUGAAGCUGUCGGAGCCAUGAUGUACCAUACCAUAACACUGACCAGAGAGGAUCUGGAGAAGUUCAAGGCGCUGCGCAUCAUCAUACGCAUCGGCAGCGGCUACGACAACAUCGACAUCAAGGCUGCCGGGGAGCUCGGCAUCGCCGUGUGUAAUAUUCCCUCAGCGGCCGUGGAAGAAACAGCAGACUCCACGCUUUGUCACAUCCUUAACCUGUACCGGCGGAACACCUGGCUGUACCAGGCUCUCCGGGAGGGCACCAGAGUUCAGAGCGUGGAGCAGAUCCGGGAGGUUGCGUCCGGGGCAGCCCGGAUCCGAGGAGAGACGCUGGGCCUCAUUGGAUUCGGCCGCUCGGGGCAGGCGGUGGCCAUGCGGGCCAAGGCCUUCGGCUUCAACGUCAUCUUCUACGACCCGUACCUCCAGGACGGCCUGGAGCGCUCGCUGGGGGUCCAGAGGGUCUACACGCUGCAGGACCUGCUCUACCAGAGCGACUGCGUGUCCCUGCACUGCAACCUGAAUGAACACAACCACCACCUCAUCAACGACUUCACCAUCAAACAGAUGCGUCAAGGUGCUUUCCUCGUCAACUCUGCGCGGGGGGGUCUAGUGGACGAGAAAGCCUUGGCUCAGGCCUUAAAGGAAGGCAGGAUACGCGGCGCUGCUCUGGAUGUCCACGAGUCAGAGCCUUUCAGUUUCUCCCAAGGCCCCCUAAAAGACGCCCCAAACCUGAUCUGCACCCCGCACACCGCCUGGUACAGCGAGCAGGCGUCGUUGGAGAUGAGGGAGGCCGCCGCCACGGAAAUCCGCCGAGCUAUCACAGGUGGGAAUCCACCUUUAACAUGUCCACAUCUGCAUUUUGACUUCCCGCUUCUAACCGCUCAAUACCAACCACCCCACCCUCGCCCCUCCGACACAGGCCGCAUUCCCGACAGCCUGCGGAACUGCGUGAACAAAGAGUUCUUUGUUACCACGGCCCCCUGGGGCAUGAUGGAGCAGCAGCAGCCUCAAGUCCACCCUGAAAUCAAUGGUGCCGCCUACAGAUUCCCUCCUGGUGUGAUGGGCGUGGCCCCCGGUGGGAUUCCUGGACCUAUGGAGGGGUCGGUGCCCGGGGGAGUGCCCAUCGCCCACACCCUGCCCCCCGGCACCCAUCCGUCCCAGGCCACCUCCCCAAACCAACCCUCCAAACAUGGCGACCCCAUGAGAGAGCACAUGACUGAGCCGUAG